UCUGUUGACUUUUUUCUUCUCCUUCUUCAAUCUUCCUCUAUAAGAUAUGGAGAAGGAAGCCUUACAAGCAAGAAAGCCUCUUCUGUACGUAAGCUUAAACACAUAGAGGGAGAGAGAGACAGAGAGAGAAUGAUUAAUGAGAAGGAAGCCAUUGAUGCAGAGGCAAUGUUAUUGCUUGACGCCAAAGCAGAGAUAUGGCAACAGAUGCUAAGCUUUGCAGACGCCAUGGCACUCAAGUCUGCGGUGGAACUUCGCAUAGCUGACAUCAUUCAUUCUUCCGGCUGUCCAAUCAGCCUAUCCCAAAUCGCCGCCGGCAUAGACUCUCCUUCCCCGGAUAUCAUUACCCUGGGGCGGAUCAUGAGAUUUCUGGUUCGGAAAAAGAUUUUCACAGCCACUCCUCCGUCGGUUGAUGGCGGAGAGACCCUCUACGGGUUGAACCACGCCUCCAAGUUGUUGCUGCGCGAUGCUGAGCUGAGCCUGGCGGCGAUCGUACUGAUGGCGAGCGACGCCAGGGCAUUAGCUCCCUGGCAAUGCUUCAGCAGGUGUGUGCGGGAAGGUGGGAUUGCGUUCGAAAAGGCUCAUGGCAAAACGAUAUGGGAUUAUGGCUCCGCCAACCCAGAUUUCAACAAGGUCUUCAACGCUGCAAUGGGAUGUUCCGCCAAGGUCACCACUACCGCAAUCGUCGCUGCGUACAAAGAUGGAUUUCAUUCCAUUGGGUCGCUCGUGGAUGUGGGCGGUGGGAUUGGAACGUCCAUAUCCGAGAUCACCAAGGCCUAUCCACACAUCAAAGCAAUCAACUUUGAUUUGCCACAUGUGGUCGCCACUGCACCUGAGUACCCAGGAGUUACCCAUAUUGGAGGUGACGUGUUUGAGUCUGUUCCAGAGGCUGAUGCAGUUUUCAUGAAGUCGAUUUUGCAUCAUUGGAGCGACGAAGACUGUGUGAAGAUCUUGAAGAACUGCCGGAAGGCAAUCCCAGAGAAGACAGGAAAGGUGAUUCUAGUGGAAGUGGUUCUGAAGCCAGACGGUGAAAGCAUGUUUGACAACACGGGAUUUGUAUUCGAUCUCAUAAUGCUUGCUCACAGCUGUGGUGGAAAAGAGAGAGCAGAGGCUGAAUGGAAACGAGUGCUGGAGAAAGGAGGCUUCCCACGCUAUAACAUCAUCCGGAUCCAAGAUUUGCCUUCUAUCAUUGAGGCCUAUCCAAACUGAAUCAUUCUCUCUCUAGUCCCUCCAUGUAUGGUCCGACCAUGGCUGUCUUUGUCAACCCAAACUUUCAAGUAACCAGGCAAAAUGAAUAAUAAUUUUGGUUUCUGUUUCACAGUUGAAAA